UACAGGCGCCCUGGGAAACGCUACAGCGGAACUACACAUCCCGUCAUGCUCCGCGGCUCCCCGGCGUCCUGUGCGGCACAGCGUCCUGUCUCUAUGGUAACGGAGAGUAUACAGUGAGGAGAGCCGGGUGAGCGCAGUGUCGAUUCGCCGCGUUAUUUGCACCAUGUCGGUGAUCGUGGCGCAGUCUCAUCAUAUAUUCGGCCUCCAAUCUAAAGUCGCCAAUAAUGUCUGUUUCUUCGACGAACAAACCGUCAUCUUCCCGUCCGGCAACAACUGCAUCAAGUAUAACGUGGACCAGAAAUGGCAGAAGUUCAUUCCAGGUUCAGAGAAGAGUCAGGGCAUGCAGGCCUUAGCCAUCAGCCCCAAUCGCCGGUACCUGGCCAUGGCCGAGAAGGGCUCCGACAAGGCUACCAUCACCAUCUAUGACCUGGCGUCCAUGCCGUUCAAGAAGCGCAAAGUGCUGAGCGCCCCCGACUUCACCGCACACGAGUUUGUCAGCGUCGCCUUCUCUCCGGACUCCAAGUACCUGGUGGCCCUGUCCGGCUCUCCGGAGUGGCAGAUCAUCUUCUGGAUGUGGGAGAAACAGAAAGUGAUGGCGACCGUGAGGGCAGACAGUCACAGCAGCCAUAUCUACCAGGUGACCUUUAACCCCCAUGACAAUGCCCAGAUCUGCGUCACAGGUCAUGGGGUCUUCAAGAUCUUUCGCUACGUGGACGGGAAUUUGAAACAGACAAACUUUCUGAAAGUGGAAGCACAGAACUUCCUGAGCCACGCGUGGCUGUCCGAAGACCGAAUCAUCUGUGGGACGGACACCGGGAAGCUCUGUCUGUGGGAGUCUGGAGAUCUGCGAUGGGAACAGAACAUCGGGGGGAGCUCCAGGGUGCAGCGCUAUUCUGAGAAGAGACGGGCGUCUUCUGAGGACGGACGCGCCCUCUCUGCCUUGGGCAGCACCUCAUCCUCCCCUUUGCACAUCAAUUCCAUUUUGGCCUAUUCCAAAGGAUUCCUGUGUUCCGGCGGCCCCGGCACCGUCUGCAUGUUUGAGAAAGUGGAAGAUCAGGAAUUCUACAAGAGAGGACGUAACAUUACGAUCCCGCAGGAUAAGAAUGGUGGCGAUUCUGUCCUGUCUGAGCAGCAGGAAGUCCUGUGUAUGUGUCUGAGCCCCUCCGAGGAGACGGUCAUCAUCAGUACGGAUAAAAACCAACUCUACAGCAUCGCCUUGUCCUCCGCGGACAUCAAUAAGGGCGACGAUGUUCACUUUGAGUUCCUGACUGAGCCUUGGCAUUCCGCUGCCAUCACAGGACUGAGCGUCUGUAUCCGUAAACCUCUGAUCGCCACCUGCUCGCUGGACCACUCCGUCCGCAUCUGGAACUACGAGAACAACUCUCUGGAACUGUACAAGGAAUUCCAGGAGGAAGCGUACAGCGUCUCUCUGCACCCGUCCGGAUUGUACGUUCUGGUGGGAUUUUCUGAUAAGUUACGUCUAAUGAAUCUGCUGAUUGAUGACAUCCGGAUGUUCAAAGAAUUCACAGUCCGCGGAUGUAAAGAGUGCGUCUUCAGUCAUGGAGGACACCUCUUCGCUGCUGUGAAUGGCAACGUCAUCCAUAUUUACUCCACAACAACCUUUGAGAAUGUAAUCAACCUGAAAGGCCACAAUGGAAAGGUGCGCUCCGUGGCCUGGAGUAUGGAUGACAGUAAGUUGGUGUCCUGCGGCCUGGACGGAGCCGUCUACGAGUGGAACUCGCUGACCGGCAAGAGGGAGUCGGAGUGUGUCCUGAAAUCCUGCAGCUACAGCUGUGUGGCCCUGUCCCCUGACUCUAAAACCAUCUUCGCUGUGGGGUCCGACCAGAUGCUGAAGGAGAUUAGUGAUUCACAGAUACCCCGGGAAGUGCCGUCCUUCGAUGUGACGUACACCACGGUCGCUGUCUCUCAUUCCGGACGUAUGGUGUUUACUGGCACAUCCACCGGGACUAUACGCUCCAUGAAAUACCCGCUGCCUCUUCAUAGGGAAUACAACGAGUACCAGGCACAUGCAGCGCCAGUCACCAGGCUCAUGGUGACAUACGAUGACCAGAACCUCCUUUCCAUUUCUGAAGAUGGCUGCCUUAUGGUGUGGAAGAUUUCCGACAAAGAGAGCCGAGGCCUGAAGCGGGAUAAAGAACUGACGUAUGCCGAGGAGGUCCUCAUCACCAGGUCUGACCUGGAGGAGAAGAACCAGGUGAUGCUGGAACUGAAGACUCGUGUGGAGGAGCUGAAGAUGGAGAGCGAGUAUCAGCUGCGACUAAAGGACAUGAACUACAACGAGAAACUCAAGGAGCUGACCGAGAAAUUCAUCCAGGAAAUGGAGGUUCUGAAGACGACAAACCAGGUACUGAAAGCUGAAGCCGAAAAACAAGAACUGAAGCAUCAGGAGGACUUAGCCGAAGUGAUAGAGAAACAUUCCCGGGAGCUGCAGGAUUUGGAGACGGCAAAUAACCAGAAGCUGCUGCUGGAGUAUGAGAAGUACCAGGAGCUUCAGGUGAAGUCCCAGCGGAUGCAGGAGGACGACGAGCGGCAGCUACAUGAGCUGGAGGAGAGCAAGAGCCAGGCCCUGGAGGAGCUGACCGAACACUACGAGGCCAAGCUACACGAAAAGGCCGCUCAGCUGCAGCAGACUCAGGAUGAAGCCCGUCAGCAGCUGCGAGAAUUCGAAGAAACAAAGAAGCAAAUAGAAGAGGAUGGAGACAGAGAGAUCCAGGACAUCAAGAUAAAAUACGAGCGGCGCCUGCGGGAGGAGCGAGAGAUUUCCCUGCGGCUAAAGGGGGAGAGCGGAAUCAUGAGGAAAAAGUUCAGCAGUCUGCAGAAAGACAUUGAAGAACGGACGGCGGACAUUGAGAGGAUGAAGAUGGAGGAGCAGAAGCUGCAGGGUGUCAUCAAGUCUCUGGAUAAGGACAUUCAGGGGCUGAAGAGAGAGAUCCAGGAGAGGGACGAGACCAUACAGGACAAGGAAAAGAGAAUCUACGACCUGAAGAAAAAGAACCAAGAACUGGAGAAAUUCAAGUUUGUUCUGGAUUAUAAAAUCAAGGAACUGAAGAAGCAGAUCGAACCGCGAGAGAACGAGAUCAAGGAGAUGAAGGAACAGAUCCAGGAGAUGGAGGCCGAACUGGAACGUUUCCAUAAGCAGAACACACAGCUGGAUCUGAACAUCGCCGAACUGAAACAGAAGCUGAAAGCCACCGAGCGAGAGAUGCAGAAGGAAAGACAGAGGGUCCGUGAUGUGGAAGCCGUGGUUAAACGUUUUAAGACGGAUCUGCACAACUGCGCCGGAUUCAUCCAGGAGCCUAAGAAGCUGAAGGACAGUAUCCGAGAGCUGUACUCGAAAUACGUGCAAGAGAGCGACACGGCAGAGAUUGUCGGCAUUGAUGCGGACAUCCAGCGGGAGUACGCCCGACAGCGGGAGCACCUGGAGCGCAGCCUCAGCACUUUACAGAAGAAGCUGGUGAAGGAUACGGAGAUCCAUCGCGCUGAUAACGUCCGGGUCAUGCAGGAGAACGUAACAUUGAUAAAGGAGAUCAAUGAGUUACGUCGGGAGCUGAAGAUCAGUCGUACGAAGGUUCAUGACCUGGAGGUGGCGCUCGGGGUGGAGAGGAAGAGUCGCAGGAGUAGUCUGGCAGAAUCUAAAGGAUCCGCCAUCGCUGAUCAUCAUUCCUCCGGAGUGCUGCGACUGAACAUUCAGGAGGAAACGGCCAGAAUCAUUGAGAUGCAGAAGCUGGAGAUCAAACGGUUACGUGACCUGCUCCAAUCUGAGGAGGUGACGGCGGGGAUCAGACCGCCAUCCGUGGGAAGGUUACCGUCACUCACCGCCUGAUCGCAUAUUAUAACACCAAUAAACCCCACAUCAUUUAUCUGUCUGAUAC